CACCUGAGAGACGCCACUCCUCGCCCUCAUCUGUCACAGCAGAGGGGCCAAACCAGAAUACGUGCCCAGAGAAAAGACAGCUUUCUUGGGACAUCAUUUCAUGUUUCCUUUUGGGAUUUAUCCAUAACCUUUUGGGUUUAUUUUUUGGUGGAAGGAAACUGAAGAUGUGGUCCAUGAAUGUCCUGAUCCUCCUGCUCUUCUGCUACACUUGUCUCUCAACCAGCAACGAGGAUGUCUACUUCGAAUCCAGGAACUUUUUUAAUGUUCUUCAUUGGGUGCGUCCGAAAAACUGUUCCCCAGGAGAGGACGUUCUCUACACUGUUAGGUAUAAGAGCGAUUUGAAUGGCCAGAGGUUCAAGGUAAAAAAGGAGUGCCAAAACAUCACAGACCUGUUCUGCAAUUUGACAAUGGAGACGCCGUCUGAACCCGAUGUACACUAUAUCGCCCAAGUGAUUGCCCGAGGCCGCCACAGGACGUUCUAUAACACCACAUCGCUCAGGUUGAACCCGAUCGCAGUCACAACGUUUGGAGCGGCCGACUUGACCGUUGAACCUGCACUGUCCUCUCUGCAAGUUCAUGUUGCCGUGCCUUUGGGACCAAACGGGAUCUCAGUGGCUGACUGGAUGGUCAGAAGCAAAAAAGGGCCAUUUCCGGUUCAUGUGAAAUACUUCUUAGAGAUUACUCAUCCAGAGUGGGCCGAGCAGAAACACAGCAACACUUCAGGCAUCUUCAACAUCAACUUCACAGUGAACAACGUAAAAUACUGCGGCCAUGUUUACUACCGGCCCUCAACCGAAAGAGGCCGCCCAGACAGUGAGAAAGCUGACUUCUGUGUGACCCUGCCUGGUGACCCGAUGAUGACUCUGCCGUGGUCCAUUGCCGGUGCUGUCCUUCUGGCAGUCAUUGCCACCGUCUCCUGCGUGUCCUGUUGGAUCUAUGCCAAGGGUGGAAGACAGAGCUUGCCAGAGAAAUUUAUGCAGAAAACACCUACCAACAACUGGUUGCAAAACCACUGGAUGGAACCUCCUGUCAUUGACAAGGCUUCUGUGUCUUCACCUGUGGUUGUGGGAGACGGAGGCUACUUUCCCCAGGAGGGCUCCUGCUCAACCUGGAAGGACCAUUCUGGUCUUUCUUCUGAGACAAGUGACACCAGACAAGAGGAGGAAAACUCCAGCUCCCAGUCUUCCAUAGCGUACGGUACAGUGGCCGAGCAAGGGGCGCAGGCUCCAUCGCUUGUCGAUGACAGCAAUGUUUACGCCAACCGUCAAAUGUGGAAUACAAACACUCCAAAGCUACAAGAGGAGGAGGAGGAGGCAGUGGCACCGUUGCUGCUCCACACAACUCGAGAUCCAAAUGGACAACUCCUGUUGCCUUGGCUUGACCCCCAGUUUCAGGUCAGCGCAGAUGAGGCACUGCCCAGUCCAACGCUCCAUCUCUCGGACCUUUUGGACUCAGAAGAUGAGGAUGAAUGUUUACUGCGUCUGAGCAGCAUAGACUCCGGGUGCGACAGUUCGGACCUCUCACCCACCCAGGAGGAUUGCAGCACCCACUACUUCCCAAACACUGCACCUAUUUCCUGCGAAGGACGCUCACACACGCCACCUGGUGGGUAUAAACAGAACCAGGUGACUGAGAUGGAUUCAGUCCAGAACACGCCGAGGACUGACGAUGAAUGACGGAGCUCAGAGCGACAAUCACGUGACUAAAUUGUUGUCAUGUUCCUUUACUAUAUGAACAUUUCCUCCUCUGGAAUACAUGCUGAGACGAUAUUGCAAUACAGUGAGAAUUCAGUCCGUCAUUACUUGGCUCCAUACUGUAUGUUCUUUUUUAGUAGACAUACAACAUAUAAUUAUUUUUACAUAAGCUUUUAUUACACAACAUUCAGUUGUUACUAAUGUGAAUCAGUAUUUAUGCUUUAAAUUGAGACAGAUUUUGUUCAUCAGAGUCUCGAUUCUGAAUAUAUUCUCCUUUUUUCUUCAUACAAACUUUUUAAAGGUGUCAUAUUAAUAAAUAAAUGUGUAAAGUAAAUAGAGUGUUUGAUGUCAAAACUAUUUCUUCGCUAUUGUGGAGUUUAUAUUAUCAUUUAUCAUUUUGUUUUCUCUGUUUUUAUAAUAAUAACCUGGAGAAUGAGCCUCAUGGUUGUAGAUCUCGACAUCCCGCUCCCAAAAGUUACACCCUCAUACCGCUUGUUGUGAGUCAAGCGGGACAGAUGCAGGCUCGUGGGAAACUUAGUCGGCUGUGACUCCGACUAACUUCUGAUGGCAACCACUCGAUAGUAACUACAGCAACAUAUACGGAGCUGUAAAGCUGCUGAGCUUUGGACUGCACUUGUUUAUAUAAAUAUCUGGUAUGUGCUGUGAUGAUUUGGACUGUAAAUAAUUUACAAGUUCAAUAUCAAAUGGAGGAAAUAUAUAUAUAUAUUUAAUCAUACGGCAUUUAAAAAAAAAACAUAUGGCAUUACAGCAUUGUGUCACAUGACUUAGAUUGUUUUUAUUAACACAUUUUGUGGAUUGUAAAGUCAAUAAGCAUAUAUUUUUUAUUUUUUUUCAAGUGUCUUAUCAACACCUAAAUAAAUAUUUACCAAGUACUGUGUCAUUACAGCGUCCACGUCAGAGGCACAGGGUGUGUUGAUGUCGAUGUUGACAUUAGUGAUUAGCUUUAACCACAUUUUUAUUUCUGUUUUUCUUCCACCAUAGCUAUAAAUGAAUGAUCUUUAAAAUAUUUUGCAAGAUAUUUCGGAUUUAUGACCAAAAUCUUUAUAGAAAUAGAUGGUAUUUUAAGCGGUUGAUCUGACGUGGUAACUGUUCUGUCCACAUUCUCAGAUUUCAAAAACAAAAGUGAUGCUUCAUCUUAUGGCCCCACACAACAACCACAGUCCAUAAUGUGGCCCCGUAGGAAAGUUAGUCACCCACCCCUGAUCAGAACCCAAAAUACUGACUCAGUUUUGUUGACUUCCAGCUUGGUUUCCACCGGAUUCAUCAUCUGAAUUUGACCACUGGAACAGAUUUCAAAUGAUGUGUAAAAGAAAUGUUGGACAGUAAUAUUGUAGCCAAAACGUUCAGCUCAGCGAAGCUUCGCGUGCCGUUCAAACGGAGGCACACACCCAGAGCUGGUCACUAUGACGCAUGAUCUCAGUCACAGACAGAGUUACUUAUUAACCUGUUUUUGGACGACCAGACGGUGAGCAGCACAAGAUCAGGGCGUAGAAACUCCGCUCAGAUAUGAUUCACCCUGUGCUGUGGGGCCGUCACACUUGCCACCGCUCCUCUCUGCUGCCACAAAUGACAACACCUGAGGGUUUAUAUUCCUCCUGCCUUCUUCUUUUGACCCCAAAUAUGAGGAAUUUAUUGAGAGGAAAUUCAGCUCCAAGGUGAUGGAAAGUGUCACAAUCAUAAUGUUAAGUGCAAAGCUGGAAACAAUCAUGAAUAAAUGUGCCGCCAUGAUGUUUAAACCAAUGAAAUGAAGGCAAAUGAACCUGCCUCCGUGUGUUCAGUCGGCGCCUCACCUCCUGCUGCCUCAGCUCAAAGUGGACCUGAGACU